UCCAGGACCCAAGGGGCAUCAAACUCCCCCAGACGAGGAGGGGCCCUGAUGACGCAGGAACAAGAGCAGAAUCUCUAGUCCCGACUAUGGAAAAAUCAAAAACAGCCUAGAGCUGGUUACAUCCAUCCCAACGUGGUGGAGGCAGCAAUUUAUCAAAUAAGUCAACAAGCACACCCUUUGGUUUUCUGACAAGAUGCGGCGACUGUGUGUGUAUGCGCUGAUCCUUGCACUGGCUCUGGCCGCCUUCUCCGAAGCUUCUUGGAAGCCUCGCUCCCAGGUGCAGGACGCGCCCUCGGGUCUGGGGGCCAAUAAGGGCCUGGAGCCACGUUGCCCAGACCGGCUGGAUGGGCUGGGUCCAGCCUCUCAUCACCGAAGGCAGCUGGGGCUCCAGGGUCCCCCACACCUGGUGGCAGACCUGUCCAAGAAGCAGGGGCCGUGGGUGGAGGAAGAAGAAGAAGCAUAUGGAUGGAUGGACUUCGGCCGCCGCAGUGCUGAGGAACAGGACCAACGUCCCUAGAACUAAGCUUCACAGCCCAGCCAUCUCCUAGCCCAGACCAGCCCUGCCCCAUGAAAAACCAAUCAAAAUAAACUAGCUUC